AACCGGCUAUUUAAUAUUAUGUCAUACAUUUUCAUUCAUUGAUCCACCGUUUUUGCAGAUGAAUCACUGCCACCGUAUGGAGCGAGUUUGACGCCAACUACGACCGCGGGACGUCCCGUCGCGCUGCCGUCAGACAAGAACCCACAAGGCGGUUCGUCUCGACACGAAUAGGCAAUCCGGUUCGACUUCGAGCUACUGCAGCGGAGGCGUCUCCUUUCACUUCCCGAACCGCCCGCCCGCCCGGCCGGUGUGGAGCUAAGCCCAGCCCACCCCACUGCAAUGAUUUAGAAGUUCAGGAAUCCCACGUGACGUCACAGGGGAUGAUGUAAUGCAUCUGUAAAUAGAAUGUAUUGUAAUCUCGCAGCAGUCCAACGUGGUUCCUCGCGCCGCUUGUCCCUCUUCACUUGAAGUGGCAAGUUUGCGCGUCCCGAAGGAGCGUCUUUUCGCCGGUCGGGAGUCUAUUUGGGAGAGUGUGACAGCACAGCGCCGUAGCGCUAUUAUUUUCGUUUUACGGAACUUUCUCUGGGAAAUACAAAUACUGUACACUGGAUCGUCACUCGAAGAGGACUUGAUGCUCAGAAGAACCGGACAGCUUUUUGCUUUGAAUGAACUCCAAAUGUGAUGUUGACAUCCGGCGACAACAGGAAGCCUGCAUAUGACAUGAAUGACAAACAGGACAGGCCUUACGUGUGCGAGGCACCUGGCUGCUCUCAGCGCUUCCAGUUUGAGGAGCAUCUAAUCAUUCACAGACACAAACAUGAGAUGACCCUCAGGUUCUCCUCCACCAAGACGGAUACGACUUUUACCGACCAGACACCGACCCCGACUCGUUUUCUGCAAAACUGUGAAGAAGUUGGUCUAUUCAAGGAGAUAGAGGAGGAGUUUCUGCAGGAGCAAGAGGAAGAGGAGAGCAAACAGACGGUUUCCCAUAAUGGGCCUUCUUGUAUGAAUCAGCAGCAGCAGCAGCUCAAAGCCCAGCUCCAGCACCCACAGCAGCAGCGGCAGCAGCAGCCACCGCUGCACCAUCCCCACGCCCAUUCGCUGCAACACGCCCAGGCCCACGUCCCAAUGAUUGGCCCCAGUUGCAGCCUGGCAACCCAGCAAGCCGUAUCCUCCUCCAUGUCUGGAUCGGGCAACAGCGGCCAGGCUCCAUCCACACUUACACAUUCAGGCCGCGUGAGUGAAACUCUAUUCCUCUCAUUGGCCUUCUCUCCGGUUGACAACAGGCCUGUUCCCGGACCCGCCUCCUCCCUCUUCCACAUACGCAACAGACACCGUCAACCGCUGCCAGCCUCGCUGCCUGGCCCCCUGCCCGACCCCGCCAUGCAAGGGGCAUCUGCUCAGCACAUGUCCAUGAAGAAGCAGAUGUCUUGUAUAAUGGCUAUACCAGGCCCCAUAAACAACCUGUCCUGUUCUUCGCCUCAGAGGUCCAAGCAGAUGAUGGGGCAUCACUACCAGCACCCGGUAACGGCCCCCGUAAACAAUCCCACGAGUGCAAUGAUGGAGAUAAUGUCACAGCGCCACCAAGCUCCUCCACUACAUCACCCCCAUCAUCAUCCUCAUCAUCCUCAGCUCACCGCCCCACCCCUCAGCUACCAACAGCGAUGCCAUCCCACCCACCCGCAACACCUUGGAAGCCACUCUCACCCAUCAAGGAACACACCAGCACACCAAUCACCCCCCACCCACCUCUCACAAGGGUCACCUCCCGCACCCACAUUGUCUGUACCUGCACAGGUAUGCCGCCUCUUCAUCACCAGCCGGCUUCUUGAAGUCAAUUUUUGGCAUUUCAACGUCUGCGCCUGCCCACAGGUAUCGCCGCUUCCGCAGCAAAUGCACCCCUGUCAAUCGCCGCACUCCCAGCAUGCACUGCAGGGGGGCGGGACCUGCAGCCGUCGGAGGAGGACGGCCGAGCAGGACCCCGACGAGCGCAGGCAAAAGUUCCUGGAACGCAAUCGAGCGGCCGCCACCCGCUGCAGACAGAAGCGAAAAUUGUGGGUGUCGUCUCUGGAGAAGAAAGCCGAGGAGCUGACUCACGCCAACCUUCAGCUGCAGAAUGAGGUGACGUCAUUGAGGUCGGAGGUCGGUCAGCUGAAGCAGAUUCUGCUCACCCACAAGGACUGUCCUGUCACAGCCCGACAGAGAGAAGCACAGGGCUACAAUACUGCAGGGGUGAGCCCGGGAGGAAGUCCCACCCCUGUAGAUUCUGCAUGUCAUCGGCAGGCCAUCCAACACAACAGCAUCACCACGUCCUCGGUGAGAGGCGCGCCUGGACGCUAAAGAUCGGACUAGACAACUUUUUCAGUGUUAACAUCCACCGUUCAUUCAUUCGCUUUGUCCAUUUCAAACGGUGCAUAAAAUGCCUUCUAUAAAGCUUGGACAAAAUGGUUGCAGCAUUGAGGGACCCACAUUUCAUUUGGCCUUGCUCCUGUCUCUUGCACUAAUUUUCAACUAUAAAUGCUAUAAGCUCCUAUUUUUAACAAAACAUAUGCAAAUGUGCACCUUUUGCCUUCUCCUCAAAGCAGGGGCAACUUCUAAAAAAUGACGACUAUAUAUUUUUCUAAGAACACCAUUUUAGUGCCAUUGCAUCAUCAUUUCAAAAUCAAUGUGUUUUUGUUGGAAGCCUUUUCGUGAUGCAAGAUAUCCUUCCAGGCACUUUGGAAAUAACUUUCUCUCUCUAGCUGCGCCUCCUGAUUGAAUUCCUGUUUGCAUAAUUUAAUUUGCACUUGUUUCUUUUUUUUGUACUGUAAAGAUGGUGACUGUACAUCUAUAAUAUUAAUAAUAAAAAAUCGUAUUCUG